AUGCCAACCGCCGAAUCGGAGCUCUUCAAGAGCCAGAAGCCUACCGUUGCGCCUACCUUUAACGGAGUUGACUACGACGACACCAAAGCCUUCAAGGCUGCCGAGGAUGCCAUCAUCAGAGAACAAUGGGUCGAAGCCAUGAAGACGCGGCUGGUUCAGCAGGAACUGGGAAAGUGCUAUAGGCGCGAGGGUGUUAAUCAUCUGGAAAACUGCGGCGAGUUGCGAGAAAAAUAUCUGCAACUGCUCGCUACGAACAAGAUCAAGGGGACUAAAUUCAUCCAACAAAACUACAUCGAACAGAAGGAUCAGGAGCUCGACCUUGCGGCCAAGGUGCACACCUCUGACAAGAUACGCAGAUUGAACCAAGGCCGAUUCUCUUCAUAG